GCGCGCAUGUGCAGAACGGAGUUGGCGCGGCGGCAGAGGUGGCGGCUGAACAGGCGACGGCAGUGCGGCCGCGGGCGGAUUCUUAACCACUGCGCCACGAGGGAAGCCCCAGCCGGUGGGUUUUGAUGGACCUUCCUCCUUUUCACCCCGGCCUCAUCUCAGUCUCUGAUAGGUACUGGCGUUCACUGUAACGUGGUUUCCCCUCUGGUCUGGUAGAGCCCCAGGGUCCUCACCAUGGACUUCCAGCAUCGCCCCGGAGGCAAGACCGGGAGCGGGGGCGUGGCCUCCUCCUCUGAGAGCAACCGGGACCGCAGGGAACGCCUCCGGCAGCUGGCCCUGGAGACGAUCGACAUCAACAAGGACCCGUACUUCAUGAAGAACCAUCUGGGCUCCUACGAGUGCAAGCUGUGCCUGACGCUGCACAACAAUGAGGGGAGUUACCUCGCGCACACCCAAGGGAAAAAGCAUCAGACUAACUUGGCCCGGCGAGCAGCCAAGGAGGCCAAGGAGGCCCCCGCCCAGCCGGCGCCAGAGAAGGUCAAGGUGGAGGUGAAGAAGUUCGUGAAGAUCGGCCGCCCCGGCUACAAAGUGACCAAGCAGAGGGACACGGAGAUGGGUCAGCAGAGCCUCCUCUUCCAGAUUGACUACCCUGAGAUCGCCGAGGGCAUCAUGCCCCGCCACCGCUUCAUGUCCGCCUACGAGCAGAGGAUCGAGCCUCCGGACCGGCGCUGGCAGUACCUGCUCAUGGCCGCCGAGCCCUACGAGACCAUCGCCUUCAAGGUGCCGAGCAGGGAGAUUGAUAAGGCUGAAGGCAAGUUUUGGACUCACUGGAACCGGGAAACUAAGCAGUUUUUUCUCCAGUUCCACUUUAAGAUGGAGAAGCCACCGGCCCCACCGAGCCUCCCCGCCGGGCCUCCUGGGGUGAAGCGACCCCCACCCCCGCUGAUGAAUGGUUUGCCCCCUCGGCCGCCACUGCCCGAGUCGUUGCCCCCGCCCCCGCCAGGAGGCCUGCCCCUGCCCCCCAUGCCGCCCAGUGGGCCUGCGCCCUCGGGACCCCCGGGCCCUCCUCAGCUGCCCCCACCGGCUCCCGGUGUCCACCCCCCAGCACCAGUGGUCCACCCCCCAGCGUCUGGAGUGCACCCCCCAGCUCCUGGGGUCCACCCCCCGGCACCAGUGGUCCACCCACCAGCAUCUGGGGUCCACCCCCCUGCUCCAGGGGUCCAUCCCCCUGCCCCGGGGGUCCACCCUCCAGCGCCAGGGGUCCACCCUCCAGCCCCUGGUGUCCAUCCUCCCCCAUCUGCUGGGGUUCACCCCCAGGCCCCGGGGGUGCACCCACCAGCUCCUGCAGUUCACCCCCAGGCCCCGGGGGUGCACCCACCAGCUCCUGCAGUUCACCCCCAGGCCCCAGGGGUCCAUCCACCAGCUCCCGGGGUCCACCCACCAGCCCCCGGGAUCCACCCCCAGCCUCCUGGGGUCCACCCCCCACCUCCUGGGGUCCACCCAUCAGCUCCUGGGGUCCAUCCUCCAGCUCCUGGGGUCCAUCCCCAGCCUCCUGGAGUUCACCCCUCAAAUCCCGGGGUGCACCCCCCGACUCCCAUGCCCCCAAUGCUGAGACCCCCGCUGCCCUCCGAAGGCCCUGGGAACAUUCCUCCCCCUCCCCCUACCAACUGAGAAGCCACCCCUGUCCCAGCAAACCUGGCCUUGUUUUCCUGUGUUACCCCCCUCAGAGUGAAGUUGAGUUUUUUGUACAGGGCUGGGCCGUGUUUCCAGAGCCCAUUAAAGAGUCUCUGCUAA